CACACAUCAUGACACAACCAUAAAACACCUUCACUUUCAUUCUUUAGUCCUUCAGUUUCCCUUGCUUUACCUUACACCUUUACCUAAGUACCUAACUACAAUCUUCAUCACAGCAACUUCACCGGGCUAAGAAUGCCGGGCCCCGGCCCACACAUGAUAUACACCCUGGGAUCGGGCCUGGGCUUGAUGGUUGCAUCCAACGGUAGAUUCAGUCCCCACCACUGCUUGUGCUACUCUAUCAACGCCUUCUUUGGGCCGGAUAUCGGGUCUUUCUUGGAGUGGCUGACAUCCACCGUUGGAUUUGGGGAUUCCGUGGGGUCUGCCGUAGCUGAUUACAUCCACCAUCCUUUUUAUUAUGUGGUGUUGUUAAGUUUCCCACUCUCUCUCCUCUACUCUUGGGCUUCUCGAGUUGCUCUUCAUAAGGGUAUUCUUGAUUCUCUUUCUGGGGUGCCCCUCACUAGGCUACAAUGCUUUUUUCUGAUUACGGCUGGUUCUUUGUCACAUUUCUUUCUGGACCAUUUAUUUGAGGAAAAUGGGAAAUCAUCUGUAUACACUUGGAUAUUGAGCACUGGCUGGUGGGCGAAUCGUGCCCCCAUCAACCCAGAUGCCGUUAUAGUAAUUAGUCUAUUGUGCACUGGUUUAAUUCUGGGUUUUAUAUACAUCCACAGAGUAGGACCUUCCAAAUCCAUAAAAACGCAAUAUACUCAAUCCGUUAAACUGAUUAUUACCAUAGCAGCUUUAUAUUGCUUAUGGUGUGCAAGUCAGAUAUAUCUGGUACAACCCCGUCGGCCAGCUGUUGGGGAAGAGGCUGAUCUUGGAGUUCUGGUGUUCUUAUUCAUGUAUUUCUUUUUCCCUCACUCCUUGUGCAUUAGGUCCAUGAACCCAAAAAAUUAUCAUGAUGUAGAAGAGCAACUUCCCUUGUAGAGUAAAUGUACGGAACAUUCAAGUGCUCAUGGAGACUCGCCUAAUUCAGAAUGGGUCCUGAGUUCCUGACUCCUGACUUGGUCUGUCAUACAAAGCCCAGAAGCUGCAUCGUUAUGAGCUGCUAUCCCCUGUUCUCGUUUUAUUUGGCCUGAGCACUGAGUAGUGGGUGUUCAUUAACGAGCUUUGUUGUAUCAUAAAACUGUGCACAAAUAACUCCCUUUCUGAAAUACUAUUCUGCUGUAGAAUGAACAAUCAGUUAUUCGGUUGUUUAUAUCACAAUUCACAUUCAA